GGCCAGCGAUCGGCUGUGACAGCGGCGCCAUGAUCACGACGGGGGCCGCGGGCGGGUACCGGCCCUCCAACCCCGGGAGCCUGACGUCCAGGGCUUCGGCUCGCACGCGCCCGCGCCCCGUCGCCGCCGCCCCGGCCCCGGUCACGGUCAUGGCCACGGGGCAGAGCUACGCGCAGCCCGGCAGCGGCGGCGAGGCCCAGAAGCGCGUCCUGGACCUGGAGAAGAGCCUGCAGUUCCUGCAGCAGCAGCAUUCCGACACCCUGGUCAAGCUGCACGAGGAGAUCGAACGCCUCAAGCGGGAGAACAAGGAUCUCCAGUACAAGCUGAUCAUGAAUGUGAAGCCUCAGAAAAAAGGCAGCAUCUCCAACUCCAGCUUACAUUCUGCCAAGUCCUUGUCGAACUCCACCGUGUCGGCCAACUUUCAAGGCAAGGCCAGGCUCCAGCCCAGCUCCACCAAGAAGCAAGACUUGAAGAUGGACCUGGAUGACGAGACCCUGGUCGCUACCAUGCUUCAGAAGCUGGACAGAGCCUCUGGGGUGCAGGGGCAGGCCAAAGAGGAGGAAGCAGAGGCCUCGAAACCGGAGGCCUUGAAAGCAGCGACCACCUCUGGGCCAGGCAGCCUGCAGAGGGGCAAGCCCCCGCUGACGAGCCUGCCUGCAUACCUGCGCAAGCCGUCCACGCUGCAUCAGUGCGAGGUGGUCAUCCGCCAGCUGUGGAAUACCAAUCUCCUGCAGGCCCAAGAGCUGCAGCACCUCAGGUCCCUCCUGGAAGCGAACCCGAAGCUCAAGGCUCCCUCUGAGGAGGCUGGACCGAGUUCUCCCAAGGACCAAGAGGCCCUCCAUUCAGGGACCACACAGUUACCCAAGGUCCCCACCAAGGGCAUCGCUAAGAAAUGCUUGAUUCUGAACCCCGCACCUAUGGCAGAACGUGCCGUCCUGCCUGCACUGAAACAAACCCUGAAGAAUAACUUUGCAGAGCGGCAGAAAAGGCUACAGGUGGUACAGAACCGGCGGCUCCACCGCUCCGUGCUCUAAUCACCAGGUAGUCCGUCCUCACUGCUGGUCUGUGGCCAGGUCCCCACAUACAGGUGGAUGCUGACCCUCAGCAUUUCUAAGGAUCUGGCCACCUGCAGCUGGCCCAACUCUAGAUAAACAAAACCCAUAGCAGAAAAGUCUCAGCACUGAGGAGUUAUUUUCUUGCUAUUUUGCUUUUCUAUACUGGCAAAAAAAAACCCAAAAAAACAAAAAAAACAUUAUGAGCUGAGUGUUCUCGUACCCUUUGAAGACUAGAAAUAAAACUUGUUUUUUCUAACUGUGAGAACCAGAUUCGUUUCUCACCA